CCCCUCGCACUCUUCGACAAAGCAAAGCAUGAGAAACGACCACUCUACGUCUCCGGCCCCAUGGUCCGCUACUCCAAACUCCCUUUCCGAGCUCUCGUUCGCUCCUUUAACACUGAUCUAGUCUACACCCCAAUGAUGCUCGCAAAAGAAUUCACCUCCCAUGCCUUCGCCCGCCACGCAGAUUUCUCAACCAACAUCGCCGACCGUCCCGUAAUCGCCCAAUUCGCCGCAAAGGACCCCCUGAUCCUUGCCCGCGCAGCGGAGCUCUCGUUCCCCUACGUCGACGGCAUAGACCUAAACUGCGGCUGUCCCCAAUCCUGGGCCGUCCAAGAAGGUAUCGGCGCACACCUCAUGCACGACAUCCAACUCGUCUCCGAAAUGGUGCGCGCAGUUAAAGCGCGGUGUGGAGUGGGUAGGUGCGUUAGUGUCAAGAUUCGGGUACAUGGGGAUUUGCAGCGGACUGUUGAUUUCGCGAGGCAAGUUGAGGCGGCGGGGGUUGAUUAUGUUACUGUGCAUGGGAGACGACGGUCGCAGAGGAGUAGUGAGCCGGUUGAUUUGGAUGCCAUUAGGCUCGUGAAGGAGAAUGUGUCGGUUCCUGUUGUGGCGAAUGGGGACGCUACGACGCUUGCCAACACCCACCAAAUCGCUGCCUACACCGGCGUCGACGGCGUCAUGUCCGCCCGUGGCCUCCUCUCAAACCCUGCUCUAUUCGCCGGAUACACCGCCACACCCUGGAGCUGCAUCGAGCGAUUCAUCGAUUUUGCGUUGGAGUAUGGUUUGAAUUUUGGGCUUUUUCAGCAUCAUUUAAGUGAUAUGAUGGAGAGGACGUUGACGAGGCAGGAACGGAAAAGUUUUAAUGAGGGGAGGGGGGUUGCGGCGUGUUUGGAUUGGUUGGAUGAGAGGUUUGUGCUUAGGAGGAGGGGGGAGGAGGGGUUUGGGGUUGUUGAUGAAAUCAUCAGGAAAUGAGAAGGUGCAGUAUACCAAGAACCACCAGUAGGAUAGAUAUUACAUGCAUAUCGUAUCGUAUACAGCC